CGGCGGGUGACGUCAGCCGGGAUUCGGGGCCCCGUCGUCGCCGUGGCAGCGGUCGCCGGAGGCUGGUGGCAGAGUUUCACCGGGGGCGAUGGAAGCGCUGGGGGAGGCCGGGCUUCACUUUGACGAACUGAACAAACUGAGGGUCCUGGACCCGGAGGUAGCCCAAAGCACGAUAGAGCUGAAAGAAGAGUGCCGGGACUUUGUGGAAAAAAUAGCCCAGUUCCAGAAGAUUGUUGGUGGGUUAAUUGAGAUCGUUGAUCAACUUGCAAAGGAAGCUGAGAACGAAAAGAUGAAGGCCAUAGGGGCCAGAAACCUUCUGAAAUCAGUUGCUAAGCAAAGGGAAGCACAACAGCAGCAGCUCCAAGCUCUAAUAGCUGAAAAGAAAAUGCAACUUGAAAGAUAUCGGAUUGAAUAUGAUGCCCUGUCAAAGGUAGAAGCUGAACAGAAUGAGUUCAUUGACCAAUUUAUUCUUCAGAAAUGACAUGAGGAGAGACACUAAAGUGAGAAGUAUAUGUCACAACAAUGCAGAGAUUUCAGUGAUUAUUCCAUUAUGCCAUUCCAUCAACACAGUGACUUUACACACACACACUGCAUUUUUGAAUUGCUAUUUCAGUGGAUAUAAAGCAUAUAUUUCUAUAAUGCAGAUUUAUAUGUAGUCAUUUGGACUGUAUCAGCAAUUUUUACUGCACAAUGUUGAAAUACACUUUAUCAGAUACAAUUUCUGCAAGCUAAUUAUGUAAAUACUUUGUAUAUUUUAUGUUAUAGCUAAUAAAUCAAUCUUGCAAUGUAUAUGAUCUUGUUUAUUAGCUGUCCUUUAUGACUAUUAAUAAAUAAUGUAUAAUGUUUCA